GAGGAGUGGGGACUCGCUCGGAGACAGGAAGGAGCUAGCAAAUGGGAAAGGCAGCGGUUUAGCGAGUUGGUGAAGAACUGAGGACUGGAGGAGAACCACUUUUCCACGUUCCUAGUGGUGCGUGCACUCGAGUGCGCAUGCGCAGAGGGGAGCAUCUGAUUGGCAUGCGGGGCGGCCUCACGUUUCCAUCCAAACCAAUCCCGGAGCAGCAGAGGGGUGGGGCCCGUCCGUCACUGGCGGGCGCAGCGUCUGCGCGCGCAUUUUGUAGCUGCGCCGCAGUGCGCUCAGUCUUCCUGGCGCCAUGGAGUCGGGGCUGGUCCCGUGUUUAGCCCGGCGCUUGGGCAUCGCCGAGCCCAAUGUACUGAGGAAAGCGGAGGAGUACUUGCGGCUGGCACGCGUGAAGUGCGCGGGGCUGUCUGCACGCACCACGGAGACCAGCCUAGCGGCCGUGUGUCUGGACCUGGCGGCGGCCUGCACGCAGUGCCCCCUGGACAGGGCAUAUUUAACUAAACUUUCUGGUUUGAACAAGAAGACGUAUCAGAGCUGUCUGAAAUCUUUUGAGUGCUUACUGGGCCUGGAUUCGAGCGUUGGAAUAGGAGACCUCGCGGUGCGGUUUGGCUGUACAGACGCGGUGAGCCUGGCUUCACGAGUGCUGCACAGCUACGAGUCCAGCCUCCCCCAGACACAGCAGGCAGAUCUCGACUUAUCCAGGCCACUCUUCACAGCCGCCGCGCUGCUCACGGCCUGCAGGAUCUUGAAGCUAAAGGUGGAUAAAAAUAAAAUGGUAGCCACAUCCGGUGUGAAAAAAGCCAUAUUUGACCGACUGUGUAAACAGCUGGAGAAGCUGGGGCAGCAGGCAGACAGAGACCCUCAAGGUUCAGGAACUCCACCGUGGAAGAAAAAGAAGACGGCUCCCGAACCUCCAAGAGCACAGGAAACAGAGAUGGUGGCGGAGCGCCCAUGUAAACCGAGGCCCGAUGAAGACCAGCUGCUGGACUACGAGGAGUGGAAGAGGAAGAUUUUGGAGAAUGCUGCCAUGGCGCGGGCGGCCGCGGCAGAGUGAGCCCCGCCUGCAGACGGCCUGCGCGGACUCCACUCGCAAAGGUGUGAGUGCGCCAGGGUUUCCAUUCAGCUGUGAGAACCAGGGCCCUGGGACUGGCGCCUUAAUAGCAAGGACACCAGCACUGGGGCCGAGCUCCGGGCAGCAGCCGCCCCGGUCCUGGGUGGCACAGCCGAGGCUCCCGCCGGCCUGCCUGCCUACAGAGCAGGUGGGGGCCGCGGCACUGUGAGCAGGAGACAAGUCACCUGUCCUGGCCUCAAAACUCAGGCUGAAGGGAGGCUCAGGGAUUUUACUCGGGUUUUUGUGUUAGUUUCUUGGUUUGACUAAAGCAAUACACGGUACAACCUAGUUAAUAAAUGUUAUCUUUUAUAUGUA